UUUUAUACGUCGUGACGUCAUUGCGGAAGUUCAGGGUUGAGCCUGGAGUUGUUAGGUUCGCUAGUGAACAUUAAUAGUAGCUUAUUAGCUGUUAACAAGACUGAAACAUGUCAGGGGACAAAGAUGAAGAAGAGACUGCACUACCUUGUGUUCUGAUAACAAGUUGUGACCUGGGGUUUAAGGAAGAGGAGCUUGUCAGGCAGAUCUUGGCGGCAUCAUCAUUACCAGAACCCACUAAAAAGGAGGAUGUAGUGGUUUGGUAUCCAUGGACAAUCAACAACAAGUACUACACUGCGGAUGUCAGCCUUUGUGUUGUGCCAAGUCCGUUCAACAUGAGUUCAGAAGUCGCCCAAUCCACGCAGGCUUUCAUUGUCUAUUUUGACAGUAACUCUAAAGAUGGCCUCACCGCUGUCACUCCAUGGGUUGCACUGGUGGAGGAACUAGCUCCUGAGGUGCUCAUCUUGGUGUGUGACCAUGUUUGUGAAAAUGGUGUAAACAGACAAGAAGCUCAGCAGUGGUGCCUGGCUCAUGCGUUUGAACUGGUGGAGCUCAACCCUGAGGACCUGCCUGAUGAGGACGAUGACUUUCCAGAGUCCACAGGAGUGAAGAGGAUCAUUCAGGCUCUGAAUGCUAAUGUGUGGUCCAGUGUGGAGAUGAAGGAUGAACACAAUCAGGGAUUUGGUCUGAUGAGCAGUUUGGUUGCAUCUCGUCACAACAACCCACGACCUGUAGCAGAAACACAGAGUCAGUCUAACAGUGCGGAUGAGAACACAGAAGGACCGAAGACAGGAAGCGGUCAGAACAGUUCAGAGGAAGUAGACUCAAUAGUAGACCCGAUGACUGACAUGGACAUUCGGGAGUUGGCCAACCUCACAGCUGGAGAUGCAGAUGUGGACAACUUUGAGCGUCUCUUUACUAAACUGAAAGAGAUGAAAGACAAAGCUUCUUCGUUGCCACACGAGCAAAGGAAGGUGCAUGCAGAAAAGGUAGCCAAAGCAUUUUGGAUGGCAAUCGGCGGGGACCAGGACGAGAUUGACGGUUUGUCUUCAGGGGAAGAGAGCUAAAGCAGAGUUCCAUUCCCCAGCACCAGUCUUCGCCCAUAAUCCUCCAGCACUGCCGUGUGAUUUGCAGCCUGACUCUUUGGCACCAAGAAAUAUGUCUGGGCAAGGUGGGACGAGAGAGGCUCCUCAUGAUACUCUGGUUAUUCCUCUCUCUAGCACCAGCACCUCAGUAACCGAUUGCACAGCCAUUAUGGGCUGCUGGCUUUUAAAACCUCUAAGUUGGAUGGGAGACGGUGCGGCCACCAAGACAUUACCCAAAACUACUCUGGAUUGGGUCUAAAUCAAGUCCAUCCACAUAUUGCAUUAUUGCCCUAGAAGUAAGUGUGUGUGUGUGUGUGUGUGUGUGUGUACACAAGCUCUCUUUUGCUAUGAGGGCAGAAGGUGUUUACUAGUUUGUUUUUGCACUACCAUGUUGUCCAUAAUUGUUGUCCAGAAUAUAAAAAGGUCAUAAUUAUGGACAAAGCAGUGCGGUUGGUUGUUUGAUCUUUCAAAUAAUUUGUCAGAAUAACCUUGCAUUUUUAUAGUCACAAUCUGACUAAGCUGCACUAUUAAUAAUUAACAUUUCUGACAGAAAAUAUUAUUCAUUAAAUUGUCUUUGUCUCUGUAAAGAAUAUGUCUGUGGCAUGUGUGGAAUAGAAAAGAUGUUUGGAAAAAAUUAUAUACAGAAGAGCCCUACAUACAAGAUGCCAAAAGCUAUAAUAAAUCCAGUUUAAAAUACAUAUUUUAUUACAAAUUUAUGAAUAACAAAAUGAAGCGAUAUAACAAUAGCUUCAACAGUUAAUAUAAGGGAAAAUCUAUGAAGGUACGGUAGCAGAGAGAAAGCUGAUUUAAGGCAAAAACUAAAUUACCUGAAAAAAUAUAUAGGGGUAAUUAUUAAGUACUGAAACCAUAAGACAGAAACAGAGAUUUACAUUUGUCUCACAUAAUGAGUGUAUGGAUAAGAACCUGAAACUACAAAGCGGUAUUUAAAUUUGAGAAAAAAAAAAGAAAAAAAAUGGACAAGCAUCAUGACCCUACAUGGACACUGCUGACACUGUUACAGGAGGAGAUCCAGCAGAGUCCACGGCACUGGACACACAGUUUAGGGGAGAUCAAACCACAGGGAUCAACAAUUCUGUAAAUGCAGUUCCUUAUGAGUUCACUGAUGAGGCUCAUUUUUCACAAGUUCUAAGAGUUUUGAGAGGAAACAAGUGAGCAAUAUUUCAACAUGUAAUUGCCUAAGCUAUCGGCAGGAGGCAGCUGCAGUUUAAAGUGUGCCUGCUCAAACAAAGUGCUGAUCUUUGUUGGAAAUUAAAGAAGUGCAAGACCAUGCAAUUAAUCAAAAGGAUCCAGUCAGUGUAAUUAUAUAUUCAAAAUCUUUAUACAUACAAGAUAAUACGCCCAUCUUACUGAUAGGACCUGGCUCUCUCUCUCUCUCUCUCUCUUAUAUAUAUCCAGCCAUGAGAACAGAGCAUCCCAUGAGAGAAUUGAACUGCUGUAAUAAAAAUGUGAGCACACAUCAGGAGCUGCCAGCAGUGCUUUCCUCACCAUAACAUUCUUUCGAAAAAUGUGUUUAUAGUCUUCAAUUUACAAUAGACCAUCCAUUCCCUUUGACACAAAAAUAAUUGGCAGUGACACAGAAUUGGACAUAUAGAAAUGUGUGCAUGAAGCAUUUUUCUUUCACGUGCCCAGAUGGUCCCGAGUUUGAAUUCUCUGUUUGAUGUGCCAUACAUAAUGGUAUACUAAGUGAAUUAACUUCAGUUAAUUAAUUUCACAAGUGACUGCGGUGCACCCAUAGGAUGUGAACGUGUAUGUAGAGUGUUAUUUUUUUUCUUGGGCUAGUUCUGUUUCCUAUGUCGGUGAACAAAGGAACCUCAGACAGGAUAGGCCUUCUCUCAUAUUUACAUAUAUGCAAGUACAAGGGUAAAAGCAGUAGAGGGCAAUGAUCUUGGAUCAGCACACUGUUAAAACACUUGAUAAACAUGGGCUCUGAUCCAGUCACUCACAGGCAGCCUGGGUCUAACCACUCUGAAGCUCGAGGUUCAGGAAUUUGACCAGGAUUGCCAAGAAAAAAAAUCUAUAACACACUGGAGUUCCUCCUGGUUCUCUAAUACUACAUAUACUGCCUUGAAUAGCUGUAGCUGCUGCAUGUAACGUUUCUUGAUUCAUCAAGCUUUCAAUAUCACUUUAAUAAUCACUUUAAUAAAGGUGAGGCUGCGACAAGAAGUAGCAAAGCAAAAAGCAUGAGAGAGGAAAAAAAGAAACGUAAAGCAGUUGGUUCUGUGCUACUCACUGUGGCCCUUCUUACAGGCUCUGACAUAAUAUACACUGGGUGAUAGAACAAGACACUGCUGAACUCUCCAGUCUGGGUGUUAUGCAAAAAUAAGAAUGACAAAAUCUAAUAUUAAGCAAAAUGCAUUUUUUUUUUUUUUUUGCAAGUUAAUUUUUUUUUAUCCUGAAACAAUGGAUACAGUUAUGUCACUGACAAACUUCAAUUUCCAGCGUUUAACAGAAUGAUUUGUUUACUCUCUGACAGAGUAGUAAAGACAAGUGCUUCACAUGGUUAUGGUUGCGCUACACUGGAAUAAGUACCAUAAAAAUGCACAAUUUUUCUGUAUUUGAUACAAAACAUACCAAGGGCUUGUAACAUUAUAACCAAAAGGCUGUCAAAGUUAACACACAGAUAACGAUGUACAUUUUUUUGGGACACCAUUCUCACAUUUUCCUAGCCUGAGCCUUUGAGCCAUGUGUAGCCCUUUCCAGCUUAAUUGCACUGCAACUUGUUAUGGAGAACGAUUGAGAAAGCUGUAGCUGGUCUUUGACAUGCAGUCUUCUGGACCAUGGUGAAUAACUUUAUUUACUUUGAGCUUAGUUUUAUAUCGAUUAAAAAUCCGAAACUGUUGAUACGCUCUGUAGAUAAAGAAAGUGGAACACAUGCUCUACGCCGAAGCGUGUGCUGAUGAUUUCGUGAAUGUAGUAAAAAGACUUAACAUUUUAAACAUGAUUUACCACACAAAACAUAAUUACACCUACAAGACACCUUCCUCUUCACAGAAUGACGUGUUUGAGAAGUUCCUUACCAAAUCCUUAAUGUGCUGUUGGGCACUAUAAACACAAUUCACCCAAAUAUUCUGUAUUGGAUCAAAAAAAUUUUUUUAUACUGAUUUAUACCUGCUGGAUAUUUUUCCUGAAACCAGUGUCAAAAAAAAUUAGUAGCAUCUGAAUGACAUAAUUUCGCAUAAAAAUAGCUCCAAGUCACAACAUAAAUCUUAAAUAUAUCUUUCAGACAUCUUGUAUCAAGACGUGCUUUGUAUCAUUUUGAAAAUAGACAGACAUCUAGUUUUCAUACUAUGAAAAAAAAAAAAAAAAAGAA